UAGACACGAAUGACCAAAGUGCAUUUACAGACUCAGUAUUAGCUGGCUUAAUAAAUGAUGUUGUUAAGCAUGCCAAGUCAUCAUUACAAGAUCCUUCAUCUAAUAACAAUUCUGCAUCUGAGUCACAGAAAAAACCUGAACAUAAACCCAAAUCUACACCUGAUAUUCAAGAAUUUGAAUUGCAAGAGAAAUUUGAAUCACAAGAGAAUCUGAUCCUGAAUUGCCAGAGGAAUUCGACCCUAAACUGA